AAAAAAAUCAUAAAAGUGUGGUUUGCAAGAGAAAUAGAGGGACACCAUGUGACUGGUUCGUGGUUUAGAAAACACUUUGCACGCGGAUUCGGAUAAGGGAAAUAGAUUGUAUCAUUAUUUCCUCCAAGCUGAACACAGAGAGGAUUGCGAAACAGUUGUUGAAAUGCUUUGGCCUCGAACAACAUGUCUUAACAUCCUGACAAAACACCAAAGGAUAUUAACAAAGCUGAGACUGUUAAGAAGGGAUUAGUGCAUAGUGAGUACUGGAAGAAGAAAAAAAAGGCUUUAAAGUGUCUCCGUUCAGAGCUGGACAGAUAUGGAUGAAGAGGUGCAAUUCAGGCCUCAAAGCGCCGUGCUGAUUUCAACAACAAUUGUGGUGAAUAUUAUUUGGUGGAUGGUUAUGAUUGCAGCCAUUUAUCUGGGGGCUACACAUCUGGGCCAUUGUCCACUACAGCCCAACAUCCCCAUCUACCUGAUAGUGCUGGGAGCAGGCAGCAUCGUCUCUCUGUGUAUGACCUACACCAGGAGCAUAAGGAAGGAAGGAUGUAUCUACAUCUUGACCUCGGUCUGCACAGCCCUCCUGCACCUCCUCAGUUUCUGCUGGUUCAUCGCAGGUACCGUCUGGGUUUAUACUAUAUAUCCUCCCAACUACAAAUCUGGAUUCGCCCCGUACUGCCAGAAGACAACCUACCUGUUCGCCUUCGUUGUCACCACCCUUGUGUGGGCCACUAUGGCUCUCAUGUUUGUCUGCGGUUUUUGCUUCAGUUUUGUGACCUGCUGUACGACUGUAACUGCGAGACACAGACUGAUACCGAGCCGCAGUAGUUUCUAUGGUGCGGUGAGUGACGAACCCACUGCCGGUGAUGUGUGAUUUAAAGGUCCAGUGUGUAACAUUUAGGAGGAUCUAUUGGCAGGAAUGGAAUAUAAUAUAAUAUAUUCAUAGAUAUGUUUUCAUUAGUGUAUAAUCACCUGAAUGUUACCUUAGAAUGAAUUGUUUUUAUCUACACCACGGGUCGCUUUCCGUGGAUGCAGCCAUGUUGAACCGCCAUGUUUCUACAGUAGCUCAGAACAGACAAACCAAACACUGACUCUAGAAAGGGCCUCGUGUUCACAGCCUGUGAACUAACUAAACUCCCACUAAAUCCUACACACUGGUCUUUUAAAUAACACACACAAGCUACAAAUCAGAGAAUAUGCACAUUUUACCUUAUAACUAGUCUCAUUCUUCGCUUCCACCUUUGUUCCUGUCUCCAAAUGUCUCCAGACCUUGACGUUGGUUUUAGGACCAAAAGUUUUGACUGAUCCUGCUGCUGAGGGUUAUUUUUAUUAUAUGUGCUAGUUUUUAUACAGUAUGUAUAAAUGGGGUUGGCAGCUACAAGUAAAAGUACUGAAACAGCAGCUCUUAAAACUGAUUUUUCUUCCUGCAAUCUUCCUGUAAACGCUUGAACAAAUGUGCCUUACGUCACUUGAGACAUAAGUAAACUUUUUGCAACAUUUUGAUGAAGUUUUCUGUCCAGUUUAAUUCAAUAUUACUUGGCGGGCCACCGUUGUCAAAAUCUAUAAGACCUGCUAAAAAAAAAAAAAACACCACAUCACUUUCACAUAACUGCACUGUCACAUCACAUGCUUCCUGUUGACACCCAAAAACAAACAGAUAACAUUUGUGCCAACAGAAGAUAAGUUGUUAGAUAAUUUGGUGGACGUUAAUGUUGAUUCAGUAUUGAAAUGGAAAAUAAUUUCUUAAUUUUUAAUAUUCUACUCUGCUGUGUGUGUGUGUGUGUGUGUGUGUGUGUGUGUGUGUGUGUGUGUGUGUGUGUGUGUGUGUGUCCUGGGUACUAUUAAGAACCAAAGGAUUGUCUGGUUGGCUUGUCACUACCACCAGUAGUUAUAUGGUACGAGAUGAAGAUGAUGAUGGUCUUGAAUAAAGAUGUGCUGGCUUUAA